AUGAUGUCGACAGAGGCAAGCCACAGAAACAACCUAUUCUUCCUCGCGGUGAGCAAAAACAAAGCAACGGUUUAUGAGUAUGACGUUAGUUUUAGUAGCUGCAUAAUUAACGAUAUAGAAAAGGAGAUCAAACGGAGCGAAGAGGAUGUUGGGGCCUUCAGCCAAAGUGGAAAUCGCGAAUGUGUCAUUGGCGAAACGGCCAAGCGCGAAUGCGCAGAUGUGAAGGAAACCAUCAGAAGCAAUGGAACGGUACCCCGAACAGAAGGAAAAAAAACGGGAAAAAAAUUCAACAACGAUUUUGUCGUCAAUCGGGGCAUUCGCAUCUACAAAGAGUUCGAUGAUGUAGAGCUAGCCACUUGCACAAAUGAUUAUAAAAAAAUAAUCCUUGUGAGGAAGGCCGACUUAAACGUGGCAGAAGUGAUAGACCUACAGGGGGGGACCAAUAGACCACCCUUUCAGAUCAGGGCGAAGACGCCCAUAAAGGCAAUCAACAGCAGCCCCAAGGAUAGCCACCUUGUGCUGUACUGCCAGUACAAGCCGCAGGUGUCACCGCACAAUUUGUUCCUAUAUAGGAUUGGUCAGGCGGCUGCAAAAAAGAAGAACAGGAAUAAGCAGAACAAGCAGACUAAUCAGAGCAAUCAGCCCAAUCAACCUAAUAAGAAGGACAAAAAUGGUGAUCGCGUCGGCAAGGGGAACCAACGCGCGGAUGAUGGAGAAGCCCCGAAAGAAGAAAAGUCCAGCACAACUCCGAAAGGAAUCCCCAAAGGAGGAACGAAAACGUCGGGCCAGGGUGACAAAACAGAGGAGGACAGCCACCAUGGUUACGGAGGAAGCGGCCAACGGGAUAACCUCGACGAACUGCCCGUGCGUGUGGACACGCUCAAAAGUUAUAGCAGCAAGAUGUGGCCCUUCUACAAGUGGAGCCAAAGCGAAUCCAUCUGUGCCAUCCGAAUCAAUAAUGACAUUUAUGUGUACAGGGAAAAUAACUUCACAUCGUACGUAAGUAGACUCUCCCUGGAGAAUCUCGAAUUUUUUGAUGUGUCCCCUGAGCAAAGUAAUAAAAAGGGAGUGCUCCUCGCCACGUACGAAAGAGGGGGUAAAGGUCAGCCAUCCGUUUUUAAGAUUUUUAACUCUUCCGAUUGGAAGAACCAUGUUUAUACGAAGACCUUUUUCAACUCAGAUGAGAUGAAGCUCAAGUGGAAUAAAAAUGCCAGUGCAGUGCUGCUAAAUGUACACACACAGGUGGAUAAAGAGAAGCAGUAUUACUACGGAUUGAGCAACUUAUUUUUUAUCGACACGGAUAAGUUUACAGAGGUGAAUAUAAUGACAGAUCGAGGGCAAAUCUAUGAUUGCAUCUGGUCCUAUAAUCAAAACAAGUUUUAUGUCUGCAAAGGAGACAUCCCGGCGGAGAUUGUUCUUUACGAUAAAUCUGCCAAUAUAGCUCAUUCUUUUGGCAGGCAUAAAUUUAACACCUUAAAAUUGAAUUGUUCAGAGAAGUUGCUUCUAACUGGUGGGUUUGGAAACCUAAGUGGAGAUAUCACCUUAUGGAAUACUUCCACGAAGAAGGAAGUUACCAGAACGAAAGCAUCUUGUGCAGUCAUUUGUGAAUUUUUUAAUGAUGGGAAGCAUUUCGUGACAGCAACUACCCACCCAAGACUCCGAGUGGAUAAUCAUCUGAAAAUCUUUACUCACGAUGGAUUCAUCGUUAGUAGAAUCAAUUUUGAAGAAUUAUACCAGGUCAUUAUUCUUCCUUUUAACAAGAUUCCCUUCUCCGAAUCAGAUGCAUCUUUGGGUGUCUUCAUGGAAAACUCGAGUCAGCAGAUUUAUAUACAUAAGCAGCUAGGUAUCGAUUCGAAGAAAACUGGCGUUUACCGUGCUCCUGGAACGUCUGCCAUUGCAAGCUUAACUCUAAAUGGUUUUAUGAAUGCCAAGAAGCCGACACAGAAACCGGGCAACCAGAAACCUCCGGGUGCCAACUUCGUGCAGGAGCAGAAGAAGAAGGCCCCCCAGAAGAAGAAAAAGAAAAAGAAGAAGAAUCCCCAAACGGGGGAGGCCGAAGGGGACGUCGAAGAGGACGAACCGUAG